AUGAAACCUGAACGUUCCGGUUGGCUGAGCAAGCCAUUCUUGACGUCGAUCCUUCUUGGCAUAGGAGGGUUUCUCUAUGGAUAUGAUUCUGGAAUCAUCACACCUAGCUUGGCGCUCAAGUCUUUUCUCGCAUAUUUCGGAAAUCCUGAUGCUGCCCUUCGAGGUGCUAUUGUGUCGGUAUAUCAAGCCGGAGCAUGGUUCGGAAGCGCAUCUGUUGGUGUAACUAGCGAUAAAUUUGGCCGCCGUAAAGCCAUUGCCUUUGGCUGCAUAUGGGGAGUUAUAGGUGGUGCUCUGAUGGCGGGUGCUGCCCAUGUCGCUAUGCUCAUCAUGGGCCGACUGCUAGUCGGUUUUGCAGUCGGUACAAUUACUGGCGUAGCUCCAGUCUUUGGUGCAGAAAUUGCCAAGACUCAUGAAAGAGCCAGAAUUACAGCCGUUAACCAGAUGAUGGUCGCCUGGGGCUUCUUCGUCGCUCUCUGGACCGGCGUUGGCGAAGGCAAAUGGCAGAAUCCUAACCAGUGGAGGCUCGGCUUCGCCAUCCAGAGCGUUCCCGCCUUGGUCCUGGGCAUUAGCGUUCUCUUCCUUGGCGAGUCGCCUAGAUGGCUCUGCCUAAAGGGUCGGCAUGAGGAAGCUGAGAAAGCUUUCCGCAACUACCACUAUGACGGGACCAACGACGACUGGUGCCGCAAUGAGUUCGCCAUCAUCCAGGUCAACAUCGCAGAAGAGCUACAGGCUCAGGGUCGACUAUCCUGGGGCGACCUAUUCAAGACGCCGGCGUUCCGCAAGCGCCUCUUUGUCGGCUCUUUCGUGUGGGCUGCUGCGAUGCUUUCUGGCAUUUCGUUUGUGCAGUAUUAUCAAACGGCCAUCUAUGCCACGCUGCAGUUCAGCCAGGAUCAACAGCUUCUCGUCAGCGGUCUCUAUGGUUCUGUGGCACCCGUGGCAUGCUUAAUCUCGCUGUUCUUCGUCGAUCGCAUCGGUCGAAAGAAGAUUCUUAUCAUUAGCUCGUCUCUAUUGUCCCUUUGUUACUUGGUCAUCACCAUUUUAGCAGCAGUUUACCCUGCAAGACCCGGAUUCCCAACCAAUGAGGCGGCCCAGCGCGGUCUCAUUGCAUGUAUUUUUGCUGUUUCGGCCAACUACUCUGCGCUCCUUGGACCCAUGACAUGGAUUAUUCCACCUGAAGUCUUCACUACGGAGCUCCGAGCCAAAGCGAACGCCAUAGUCCAGGUCAUCCACUAUUCCAUAAGUCUUAUCAUUACGCAGUGUUCACCAAUCGCCCUGGCCGCGGUGGGUUGGAAGUACUACAUACUCUUCAUCCUCACCAACGCUCUCUGCGCUGUCGUCUUUGCAUUCUUCUAUCCCGAGACCAGAGGAAAAUCCUUGGAAGAAAUUGAUGAGAUCUUUGGCGAUGUCAAGAUCGUGCGUGAUGUUGACUUCGCCGAGAAAGCUGGAGUUCAAGAAGUAGAAAUCCGCCAGCGACACUGAAAAAGUUGUGGGGUUUCAGCCCGACAGUAGAAAUCAGAGAUAUACGUCUACUCUACUGACAUUAGGUACAUCAUAUACAUUGAUAAAAGAGACACCCAACCUCAAUUUACAGGCAACGGAUCUCAGCUCCAGAUCCCGCCAAAAAAAACCAUGUGAUGUUUUAUGGAGGCUAAGAAGUGUAAAAUACUAUUAUCAAGAAGAUUUGGAGAAGCAAUCGUAGUUCCUGUAAGAGAUUUUGGUACCAUGACACUUCCGUUGAUGCUGCCACCAUGCAGAUGUUUUACCUUUCGAGUGAGAGCUUGAGAUUGAAUUUCAAA